AAAAGGUUGGAACUUGGGUGCUUUAUUCGUGAAGCCCCUUUGAAACCUCAGAACUGGUUAUUAGGGUUUUAGCUUGCUUUCAAACUCCCAAAACUGAUAAAAAUGAUUGGAUUUUCAGAAGACUGGGGCUUUAAAGCUUGGAUUUUGGAGAAAUGAUGAGCAGCAGGCUUCUCUCAAGCAUAAGUAUUUACAAGAUGGCUUCUCAGAUUAGUGUGCCUUUGAUUUCUUACGUUCUGUGUGGGAGAAUUCCUGUCUCGCAGCCUAAAAACCAGUUUUUUCACAGAAAAAUUGGCACUUGUGUUGUGUCUGAAUGUGUUCAUAGAUGCUCAUAUUUUGAUUCACAAAAAAUUGGGUUGUUCUCGGGAGCUAGCAUUGCAAAAUUACAGAAAAAUGUGACCUUGUUUGCAGAAAGAUGCUUUGAUUGCAGUUCUUUUUGCGUGAAAAUUAGGAAUGUUGCUGUUUCUGGGACACUGAUGAAUAUGCAUAGAAAACGGUAUUUUUCAAGCACUAGUAUUGCUCAGAUUAAUGGGCAUGCUGUAAUUUUGGAUGCAAACUUGGCUAUUGAUGGUCAGUCAGUUUCGCGCAUCUCUCGCAGCGAUCGCAUUGAUGCACAGAAUGCACUUUUUGACUAUUUGCACAGCACUAGGAGCUUGAAUUUCACUGAUGCUGAACACAUGAGCAAGAACUCUCCUGUUUUCCUUCAGAAACUCACAGCAAAAUUGGAGAAUGAGCAAGACAUGGGCCGGUCACUCAGCAAGUUCCUUUGCUUCAAUCCUAUUAAUGAGUUCGAGCCAUUCUUUGAGAGUCUGGGUUUGAAGCCGUCUGAGUUCCAUCCCUUGCUCCCCCGCAAUUUGAUUUUUCUGACUGAUGAUGGUGCCUUGCUUGAGAAUUACCAUGUUCUUUGCAAUUACGGGGUUCCUCGUAGCAAGAUUGGUAAAAUGUACUGGGAAGCCAUGGAGAUAUUUAGAUAUGAUUCCGGUGUAAUGUCUCUGAAGCUUCAGGCUUAUGAAGAGCUCGGCCUGAGCAGGCCUACCAUUAUUAAGUUGGUCACAUGCUGCCCCACACUUCUAAUUGGUGAUGUCAAUGUGGAAUUUCUAUGUGUCGUUGAUAAAUUAAAGACAUUUGGCAUUGAGCUGGAUUGGCUGAGGGGAUGCUUAUCAGAUAAGAGUUUGUACAAUUGGAAUAGGAUCCUUGAAAUGCUCGACUUUUUGGAUAGGAUGUGUUGUGGGAAGAAGGAAUUGGCUAGCCUGAUGCGUGAAAAUCCGAGGUUUGUCUUUGAUGAUUCUGGAAAAAAGAUCUAUGUCUUGGUCGCUAUGUUACUGAAAUUGGGUCUCAGCAGCAAUAUGAUUUUAAAUUUGUUUGUGCAAUACCCGCGGAUUCUAGCUGGGAAGUUCACAAAGUAUUUGCUGCAAUCUGUGCAGUUCUUAUCUGAGAUUGGGAUGGAGAACAAGGACAUUGCUAGAAUCAUUUCUACUCAUCCCCAAGUCUUUGGGACUUGCACUUGUAGGAAAAGCAAGGUUGUUUUGGAGAGCUCAAACCUGACAGCUGAAAGAUUAUGUGAGAUCAUAAUUGAAGAUCCAUCACAGUUCAGUAAUUUGGCUUGCAGAAAGAAGGUGACAGAUGCAAAUAAACCAAGAGUGGAAGGAAGUUAUCUUCAGGAGAAGACUAAUUUCUUGUUGAAAUUAGGGUUUGUGGAGAACUCAGAUGAAAUGGCGAAGGCACUGAGCAAGUUUCGAGGGAGAGGGGAUCAACUUCAGGAGAGAUUCGACUGCCUGGUCAAUGUUGGACUGGACUGCCACACAGUGUCAGAAAUGGUUAAACUUGCUCCUCCAUUGCUCAAUCAGUCCACGGAUGUUAUUGAAAAGAAAAUCAAUUGUCUUUUGAAUGAUUUGGGAUAUCCUCUUGAGGCACUUACUGCCUUUCCGACAUUCCUUUGUUACAAUUUGGAGAAGAUAAAGCUUAGAUUUUCCAUGUACAGAUGGCUUAAGAAGCAUGGGAUAGUAAGACCCACCAAAAACCGGAAAAUUGUCAAUUCGAAAGUGGCCUUGAGUACCAUUCUUGCAUGUUCAGAUACACGAUUUUUGAAAUAUUUUGUGGAUCUCCACCCGGAAGGACUACAGGAGUGGGAGAGGUUGAAAAAGUUAUCAUCUGACAAAAUGAAAUGAUCUCAUAAUCAUCAGCAGAGUAGGAUCCUUCGUUCCUCUUUGUCCCAAGACAUACAUGAAGCACAUUUUUCUCAUGUUACAUAUGAAAAAGAAUGAACAUUUUCACUUUUCAGUGGAAAAUAUGUUUUGGUGUUGAUGUCAUUCUUUUGGCAGAUUUUGUGAACUGAUCUGAAAGGAUGUAUAACUGGGUGCACUCUUAGUUUCGUGAAGCAUUUUCCGAAAAAAAAAA